UCGUCAUUGGAGUACUAAUUGAAUUUUGACCUUGCGCUAUCCGGAUCUAGGGUUUUCUUUUUUUCUUUCCCAAGACGCGUUCAUCACCACCACCAUCAGGAUUAGAAACCCUAGCACCACAACUCACUGCUAAUUCAAACAAAUUAAGCGGUAGAUCGUCGAGGAAGGAGGAGAAGUUUUAUGAUAUAUCUAAGAAAAACUUGUUCUCUUAAAUUUGUACAAAAAUCUGAUCAAAUCUUAAAAGCACCGAUGAUGAUCAAAAGAAACCUCAUGAUUUUUUUGUUAUAUUUGAUUUGACGAUUAUGAGAUGAGACUCACAAUCGAAGCCAAGAACUGAGAUCUUUCUCGAAAUUCUUUUUUUUUUUUUUUGUUAUAAUUGUAUCUUUGGUGGAGAUCUGAAGAAGAAACGAAAAUGUAUAAAACGGUGGUGUAUGAAGGAAAAGAAAAAUUGGGGGAAGUAGAGAUAUUUCCGCAACAAGGAGAAGAAGAGAAGAAGAACAUGAAAGUGUUCGAUGAAAUCAGAAUAAGUUACUACACGGAAGCGAGUGAGAGAUGUCCGCCACUGGCAGUGCUACAUACCAUUACGUCUAGUGGGAUUUGCUUCAAAAUGGAGUCUAAAUCAUCGGACAACAUCCAGCUACAUCUAUUGCACUCCUCCUGUAUCAGAGAAAACAAGACUGCAGUGAUGCCACUGGGGGCAGAGGAGCUUCAUCUGGUUGCCAUGUAUUCUAAGAGUCAUGAGAGGCAGUGUCCAUGUUUCUGGGGAUUCAUUGUUGCAUCUGGACUGUAUAAUUCUUGUCUCGUCAUGUUGAACCUUAGAUGUCUUGGUAUUGUUUUUGAUCUGGAUGAAACCCUUAUAGUUGCAAAUACAAUGCGCUCAUUUGAGGAUAGAAUUGAAGCUUUGCUGCGUAAAAUAAGCACUGAGGUGGAUCCACAGCGCAUUGCUGGUAUGCAGGCUGAGAUCAAGCGCUAUCAAGAGGACAAGAGUAUAUUGAAGCAAUAUGCUGACAAUGAUCAGGUUAUUGAAAACGGGAAGGUGAUCAAAGUUCAGUCAGAGGUUGUUCCAGCAUUGUCUGACAACCAUCAAACUAUUGUUCGGCCACUUAUACGGUUACAAGAGAAAAACAUCAUACUGACUCGCAUCAACCCGCAGAUUCGUGAUACCAGUGUUCUUGUGAGGUUGAGACCUGCAUGGGAAGAUCUACGUAGCUACUUGACUGCUAGGGGACGCAAGCGUUUUGAGGUCUAUGUUUGCACAAUGGCAGAAAGGGAUUAUGCUUUGGAAAUGUGGAGGCUUCUUGAUCCAGAGUCAAAUCUGAUAAAUACUAAGGAAUUGUUGAAUCGCAUCGUGUGUGUCAAAUCUGGUUCAAGGAAGUCAUUGUUUAAUGUCUUUCAAGAUGGAAUUUGCCAUCCUAAGAUGGCACUUGUGAUAGAUGAUCGCUUAAAAGUGUGGGAUGAGAAAGAUCAACCUCGGGUGCAUGUUGUCCCUGCGUUUGCUCCAUACUAUGCUCCUCAAGCUGAAGCAAAUAAUACAGUUCCUGUCUUGUGUGUGGCGAGAAAUGUUGCUUGCAAUGUUAGAGGUGGUUUUUUCAAAGAGUUUGAUGAUGGUCUUUUACAAAGGAUACCUGAAAUUUCAUAUGAAGAUGACCUUACUGAUAUUCCUUUGCCUCCGGAUGUGAGCAACUAUUUGGUUUCUGAGGAUGAUGCUUCUCUCAUGAAUGGAAACAAAGAUCCACUUACUUUUGAUGGCAUGGCAGAUGCAGAGGUUGAAAGAAGACUUAAGGAUGCAAUGUCAGCUUCUUCAACCAUCUCUUCAGCUCUCACAGAUCUUGAUCCAAGGCUUGCUUCACUUCAUUACACAAUGCCAACUUCUUCUAGCUCAAUUCCUCUCCCAACGUCUCAAGUAGCAAAUUUGCCAUUUCCCAAUGUGCAGUUUUCUUCAGCAGCUUCGUUAGUGAAACCAUUGGGUCAUGUUGUCCCACAAGAACCAAGCUUGCAAAGUUCUCCUGCUAGAGAAGAGGGUGAGGUGCCAGAAUCAGAAUUAGAUCCUGAUACUAGGAGGCGACUUCUCAUAUUGCAACAUGGGCAAGAUACAAGAGAUCAGCCACCAAGUGAACCCUCAUUUCCUGUAAGACCUCCAAUGCAAGUUUCAGCUCCACGUGUGCAGUCACGUGGAAGUUGGUUUCCAUCUGAAGAAGAGAUGAGCCCUCGACAACUGAACCGAGCAGGACCCAAAGAAUUUCCUUUAGAUUCUGAGCCGAUGCAAACUGACAAGCCUCGGCCUCAUCAUCCAUCUUUUUUUCCUAAGAUUGAGAGUUCUGUUCCACCUGAUAGACUUCAUGAAAAUCAAAGAUUGACAAAAGAGCCACUUCGUAGAGAUGAUCGGUUGAGGUUAAACCACAACCUGUCUAGUUAUAAUUCUUUCUCAGGUGAUGAGGUCCCCUUGAGCCAUUCAUCUUCUAGCAACAGCAAGGAUUUUGACUUUGAAUCUGGACGAGAUAUUUCUAGUGCAGAAUCUCCAGCUGUAGUUUUACAGGAUAUUGCAAUAAAGUGUGGAGCCAAGGUGGAAUUCAGGCCAGCUUUGGUUGUUAGCAUGGAAUUACAGUUCUCCAUUGAGGCUUGGUUUGCAGGAGAGAAGAUAGGUGAAGGAAUGGGUAGAACACGAAGGGAAGCCCAGCGGCAGGCUGCUGAGGCAUCCAUCAAGAACUUGGCUAACGUAUAUAUGUCACGUCUAAAGCCCGAUUCUGGUUCUGCCAUCGGAGACGUUAGUAGAUUUUCUAACACAAAUGAUAAUGGGUUUUCGGGUAAUUUUAAUUCAUUCUCAACUGCGUCAGAACCAUCUACACUUCUAGAUCCAAGGCCGGAGGUCUCUAAGAUACCAAUGGGUUCAGUGUCUGCACUUAAAGAAUUAUGCAUGAUGGAGGGCCUUGGAGUUGCUUUUUCCAAAUUGUCUCCGUCAUCAGUUAACUCCAACCAGAAUGAUGAAGUAUAUGCACAGGUUGAAAUUGAUGGUCAGGUGUUAGGAAAGGGGAUUGGGUCAACCUGGGAUGAAGCUAAGAUGCAGGCGGCUGAUAAGGCUCUUGGAAGCCUAAGGUCAAUGUUUGGUCAAUUUCCUCAAAAACGUCAGGGAUCCCCAAGGUCAUUUCAAGGGAUGUCAAGUAAACGCCUAAAGCCAGACUUCCCACGAGUUUUACAGCGGAUGCCACCUUCUGGUAGAUAUCCCAAGAAUGCUCCUCCUGUUCCUUGAAAGCCCUUAGCAUAUGCUUUUUCAUCCCACACUUCGGCUUUACAUGCGAAAUUUUUUGUACAUAACAUGGAGACGAGCAAGGGCUGUUGAAAUCCCGGCGUACCACCAAUUUACCACUGUGUUGCCCCAGAUUGCCUUAUCACUUCAUUUUGGAUUCUUCUGGCGCAUGAGUUGACAGACUUAUCUUGCCGAGUAACUGCAACUGCAAUGCUCGGCUGUAAAUUUGGACUUUCCAGUCAUCCUGUCUCUACUGGGACCAGCUGACUCAAUGUUGUAUCAUGUUUUCCUCCUUAAAGAUCCAUAGAAGCCUGACAAGGUUAAAACGAGAUGCCAUGUAGGUGUAGCCUUUAUUGCUUUAAUUCUUGUGGAAGAUGAUGUCGCUCUAUGCCAAAUUCUUUGGCAGAGCCUACAUGGGUGGAAUUGCGUAUAAUAUAUAUUUGUUAAGUGGAAAUUGUGCACUGAAAGGCAAUCCAGGGCAGCUUGAGUUUCCGGUUUUGGGUGUACUCAAGUCUCAGAAGAUACUAAGCAAAUGCAGUAUAGUCUUCAUCAUCAUAUAGCCCUUUGAUAGUCCCAGCUAUCGGAAGAUUGUUGAAUUUAGAAUGCCGACAUUGGUGAAUGUCUGCCUGACUUAACCCGAAUUGAAGCAACAGCGGUUUUCGCUCCUUACUGAGACACGCUUGAAAAUUUUUCAUGUUGCUUUCCAGUUGGUUGUUUUGAUGAAUGUAUCUCAGAAUUUUCAUUUCUUUCUUCCUUGUGGGGGUUCACAUAUAUCAUCAUCCGUAAGACGUAAUACUCCAAAAACAGUCAUUCAAAUAAAUCGCAUAUAACAUAUCAGUCUCUCGUUAAUCUUUUUUGA